UUCACCUUUCCCAUGGGAACUCCAGCGUCUCCUUGGCUCAAAAUGGACCCCAACAGCUCCUGCACCACUGGAGGCUGCUGGCCCUGUGCUGGCUCCUGCAAAUGCACCUCCUGCAAGAAGAUCUGCUCCUGCUGCCCUGUGGGCUGUGCCAAGUGUGCCCAGGGCUGCAUCUGCAAAGGGGCAACAGAGAAGUGCAGCUGCUGUGCCUGA